GCUGGGAGCCUUGUCCAACUCGAAGCACGCAGGGCACUAUUGCUUGCGCGGCAGGGAAAUGUCGGGGUUGAUUGUAAACCAUAAUGACUCCGCUGGGUGCACAAGCAUUGAGAUAACAUUAUGAGGAGGAUAAUACUGCAGCGCUGGGGUCGCUGAGUUGGAAUGGCCGAGGCCAUACAGGCGCUGUUGUUGAAUGAGCGCUUUGCACAGUCGGAUGCGCUGGUUCAGGAGGUGCAGGAGGCGGCGACGCGCGCAGCUGAAAGUGACCUACGGCAUGGCGUUGCGCAGCAGAGAGCCGCGCCAAGUAAACGCGCGUCAUUCCUACUUCCACAGAGACAGGGAAAUCAUGCUCAUGAACAUUAUGAACAGCUGCUGGCUCCGGACAUCACGGGCCCUAUCAUGCGGCGAGCCUCCUGGGUGGAAGACCCACUCGUGGGCGGGGCGGACGGCGGGGCGGGGGCAGCAGCAGCAGUAGCAGCUGCAGCAGCAGCCCCUGGAGGAGGCGGCGGCGGCGGAGGGCCGCCGGGGGCCCGAUCCGGGGGCUCCCCAUCCGCGGCAGCGGCACCUGCAGCAGUUGGGUUCGGUCUACCCCGCACGCCGCUGCGGGUGUUGUCAAUGGGCCUAGCGGCGGCGGCGUCCGCGGCGGCGGGGCUGCUGGCAGCGACUAGCAGUGGCGGCAGCAGCGGCGGCGCGGCUAACGGAGGCCUGGGGCACGAGCAGCCGCAACACCAGCCGCAGCAACACCAGCAGCAGCCGGCUGGGUUGCAGCGAAUUGCCUCUCGUCGGCAUCAACUGCCGCCAGUCCCAGCGCUGAGCAUGCCGCUGCAGCACCAGCAUCACCAGCAGCAGCGCGAAGCGGGCGGCGGAGAGGGCGGCGACCUCGUCACCGCGUUCUCGGCUGGAGGCAACACGGCGGCGGGGCUUCGUGGCGUGGCAGCGGGGCCAGCGGGGGCGUGGGCGCUGCUUGACACGACCCCCGAACCACCGCCGCCACACGCAAGCGGCUCGCCUAUGGGUGACGGCGGCGGAGGCGGGAGCCUUCAGCGCGUGCCGUCUGUCGCUGCAAGGCUGGGGCAGGUACAGCAGCUGCGGCCGCGGCUGCCAGUUGCCUUGAGCAGCUUGACCAUACCGGCGGCGGCGGCGGAGCUGCCACAGCGCUGGUCCGAAGAAAGUGCGCCGCCGCCGCAUUCCGCACAAGCCGCCAACCAACACCAGCACCAGCAGCAGCAGCAGCAGCAGCAGCGAGCGGACGCCACAGCGGUGGUGAGCCUCCUGGACAGCUGGGGGAAUAUACCCAGCCUGGAUUGUGACGGCGGCGGCGGUGCUGGCGGCGGCGGUGCUGGCGGCAGCGGCCUGGCGGCGGCGGCGCCGCUAGGGCCCGUCGGGACAGAACCGGUGCGUGUCCGGCCAACCUCAGCAGCUGCGCGGGACCGUGGUGUAGCAGCGGACGUGCCGGGGGGUGCGGCCGCAACCGUUGUCGGCGAUGGCGGUGGUGGCGGGGCGUGGUGGCUGGAGACCAGUCCGGCCGACUUGUUGGACGCGCAGCAGUGGCGGGGUGCGGCGGCGGCGCCAGCUGCGGCGGCAACAGCGGUGUGGUCCUCGCUGGCCGCGGGGCCGCGGCGCGACGGCGCACCUGGGUCAUCACCACCGCCACCACCGCCAGCUGCCGCCGCCACUGGCUUGCCCGGUCAGGUGCAUCAGGUCUCGGAGGACGGCGGCAGCGGCGGCGCUGCCGCCGACGGCGCUGGCGCCGGCGCUGCCGCCAGCGGCCUGCUGUCGCCGGUCAGAGUGAGCAGCCCGGCGGCUGCCGCCACCGGCACCACCGCUGCCGCGGCGGCCUCACCCGUUGCAAAGCCAGCUGGCGUCGCCGCUACAUCGGCGGCGGCGUCAGCGGCGGCGGCGGCGGCGCUGGCGGAGCUCGGUGACGGCGGGGCGUUCAUGCUGCCGCCGUCGGCGGCGGCGGCGGGCGCAGGCACGUGCGCCAAAGAGGUGGACUGGUGGGUGCGGUUCGCACGUGACAGUAUGGACUUAACAGCAAUGUCAGCAUCCGGCGACGGCGGCGGCGCGAGGGGUGGUAGCACGGGCCUGCGCAAUCGGCGGCGGGGGCGCAGCAGCCGCCGGGUGUCGCAGGAAGAGGAAGAGGAGGACCGAGGCCGGGAUGGCAAAGCCUCCAGCGUCGGCGCCGGCGGCGCGCUGACGGCGGUGGUGGCGGCGGCUCGUUGGAAGAAGAAGAUGGGGCUGGCCGGAACGGCGGCGGCGCGGCAGCAUGGCGGCGGCGGCGGCGCCGGCGGCGCUCUGGCGGCGGAGCAUGUGCCCUGGUGGGCUCUGGCUCUGGACCUGUUGUCACUGGCGGACCGGUCACUGCCGCUGUUCCUGCCCUCGACCUCCCGCACCAGCUGGGACGUGUUCAUGCUGCUGCUGCUGCUGUACACGGCCGCCGUGGUGCCCAUGGAGGCCGGGUUCCGCGCCCUGAACGCCGUCAGCAGCGGCGGCACAGCGGGCGGCGGCGGCGGCGUGCUGGCGGCGGCGGACCUGGCGGUGCUGCUUGCGUUCUGGAUCGACAUUGGCGUGCAGUUCAGGACCGCCUACAUCAGCUCCAGGGGCGACCUGGUCCGCAGCAGCCCGCGGGUGGCGGCGCACUACGUCCGCACCUGGCUGGCGCUGGACCUGGUGUCGUGCAUGCCCUGGGACGCCAUCAUGAGGGCGGCGCUGCCCUCUACUGGCGCCGACUCCACCAGUGUCCUGGUGCUGCUGCGCGUCCUGCGGCUACUCAAGCUGUUCAGGCUGCUCCGCGGCCUGGACCGGGCUCUGGGCCGCUACGGCACCCUGCUGCGUCUGGGCCGUCUGUUUGGUCUGAUGCUGCUGGUGGCGCACUGGACCGCCUGCCUGUGGCACGGCAUGAGCGAGUGGCUGGACGGCUGGCCAUGGAUCUUCACGGACCGCCUGCCGCCCAACGCCGGCUUCGGCCCGCAGUACAUCUGCUCGCUGUACUACGCCUUCGUGCUGGUGGUGGGCAGCGACAACCUGCCCGCCGCAAACAACCUGGAGCGCGUGUUCUACAUUGUGAUGCUCAUGGUGGGCGCCGUGCUGUACGCACUCAUCAUGUCCAACAUGGCUGUGCUGGCCACCAACCUCAACAGCCUGGCCAGCCGCUACAGGACCAAGGCGGCGCUCGUGGCGGACGCCCUGAGAUACGUGGGCGCGCCGCCAGAGUUCAGCGCCCGUGUGGCCCAGCACUACGAUUUCCUCACACAGCACGACCACCCCGGCCCCGAGGCCGACGCCUUCCUGGCCACCGAGCUGCCUGCUGGCCUGGUGACCGACACCCGCUGGGCGCUGUACGCGGCGGCGUGGGCGCGACUGCCGCUGUUCGGCGGCUGCUGCGAGCCCUUCAUGGCGGCGCUGCAGGCCCGCCUGACGCUGCUUGCCUUCACGCCCGGGGAGGUCAUCUACCGGGCGGGCGAGGCGGGUAGUCACAUGUACCUGGUGCGGCAGGGCCACGUGCUGCUGGUCUCCCCCGACACCCCCAACUCCUUCAACAGCAGCCCCGGCCUCGGCUCCGGCCACACGCGCAGCGACAGCGACAGUGGCGGCGGCGGCGGCGGCGGCGGCGGCGGCGGCGGCGGCGGCGGCGGCGGCGGCGGCGGCGGCGGCGGCGGCGGCGGGUUGGCGGAGGUGGUGCGGCCGGGCGAGGCCUUUGGGCAGCUGGCGCUGUUGCCUGAUCUGGCGGGUCGGCGGCGGCGGUACACGGCUGUGGCGGGGCGGGCCUCGGAGCUGGUGGCGCUGGCGGGUCGGGACCUGGCGGCGGCGUGCCGCGACCACCCCGAGUGCGGGGCGCUGGUGCAGGAGCGGCUGAUGCAGCAGCUGGAGGACGUGGUGUACGGCACGCACUGGUGCUGGUUCAUUGAAAAGGUGCUGGUGCCGUACCAGCUGUACGGCGACGUAACCGAGCGGAAGGAGCUGUACGGCAACGGCGGCGGCGGCGGCAGUUCCAACGGCCCCAACCACCGCAACCACCACGUCCACAGAUCGCAGCAGUCCAUAACCGCCUGGCAGCGCACGGCGGCGGUUGAGGCGGUUGAGACCGUUGAGGCAGUGGGUAGCAGCACUGGCGCCGACGGAUCCAGCUCGCCCGGCGGCGCUGCAACCGCUGCCAUGUCACUCCAACCGACACUGUUGCGGCAGCCGUCGGUUGGGGCGGUUGGGGCGGUUGGGGCGGUUCUGGUCAAGAGCGGGUCAACGCGGGCAGUCGCCUUUGCGCCAGACACCGCCGGCGGUAGCGCCAGCACUUCUGCCAGUGGCGUCCAGCCGCCGCCGCCACUGCCGCUGCCGCUGCCGCUGCCGCUGCCUGGGCCACCCCCUCAUCCAGAAGUGGCGUCUCAAGGCGAUACAGCUGGAAGCGGCGGCGGCGGCGGCGGCGGCGGCGGCGGCGGCCGGUCCCCAACGCAGCGCCCCCAGAUGGCGGCGGCGGCGGCGGCGGGCGCGGCGCCUGCGGCCCUGGAUAUGUCCUGGAGUGGCAACGAGGACUGGCUGGAGCAGCAGCCGCGGCAGCACUCGGCGGCGGCGGCGGCGGCUAGCUUGGCGGCGCUGGCAUCCGGCAGUGUCACCGCCGCCGCCGCCGUCGGCGCCACCGGAACCCCAAAGGCCGUGGAUGAGUUCGGCCUUUUGGAUUCCAACAACAGCGACAUUGACCUCUUCGCAUCCAACGCCUCGGCAGCGGCCGCCUCGAAGGCGCCUGGUCUGGUCCUGCCGCCGGCGGUGCUUGAUUCGCUCUCCGGCUACGGCGGUGCCGCCGCCGCCGCCGCCGCCGCCGCCGCCGCCGCCGCCAUUGCCGCCGCUGCCGCCAGUGCAGGCAGCAAUGCGGGCAGUAGCCGGGCCGACAGCAGCAGCGGGCAGCCGGGCGAGGACCUGAUGGACACAGCCACUUUCCUGUCGCUACUGCCGCCCUCGAGACAGCCCUCCGCGCAGCGCCUGCUGCGCAUGACCUCACGACAGGCUGGCAACGGCGACGGCGCGGCACCGGGCGUUGGCGGUGGCGGCGGCGGCGGGACGCAGUCGGGGGCCGCCGCCGCCGCCGCCGCCGCCGCCUCGCUGCUGUCGCUCGUGCCGCUCUCACGCCAGGCCUCAGCGGCACGGCUGCUACAGCGGCGUAGCAGCAGCCGCAACCGCAAUCACACUGGCGGCGGCGCCGCCGCCGCCGCCGCCACCGCCGGCGGCGCUAACGGCCAACUGCUCGACAGCAUAUCUGACCUGGUGGAGAGCCUGAUGGAUGUUUUGCCGCCGUCGGCGCCACACGGCCUGUCGCGGAUGCGCGUCCUGAGUCGCGGUCGCAAUGGCGAAGCGGCGGCGUAUGUGGAUGGCGGCAUUGUCGUUGCCGCUGCCGGUAUUGAGCAAAGCAACCUUUCGGCGUCUAUGGCCGCCACGGCGGCUGCAGCGACGGCGGCGCUGGACGCCCCCGAACCACCAGAGCCGCCGCCGGCGCAAACCACGCCACGGCGGGCGCCGCGCCGUGGCGCAUCGCGCCUUGCUCCCGGCUGGUCGGCCUUCGCUGCGCCCGGAGCGCGGGAGGAAGACCUGGAGGGGGCGGACGGCAUCAGUGCUACAGCCGCCGCCGCCAUUGCCGGAAACAUCAGUGCGCUGCUACAGCCACACCUUAGCGGCGCCGGCGCCGCCGCGGCGCCAACGCUACUACUGCGCCGCACCCGCUCGCGCUUUUUCGGCAGUGAUGGAGGCUCGAUCACCGGCGGCGCAGCUAUAGCCGCCGCCGCCGCCGCCGCUACAGCCGCCUCGGCAAACCCAGGCACUCUUGGAUCGCAGCAGAGCAUCAAGGACCUGGAGGCCAAAGUGAGUGCAAGCGGUGCCGGCGGCAACAGGGAGCUGGGGAGACCGCUCCACCACUCGAGUGGAAGCGCGUUGCGGCUGCUGCCCCUGCAGCCGGCUGUAGGACACACAGCACAUGCGGCGGUAGCGGCUACAGCCGUCGCCGCCGGGGCUGCGGCGGCGGCGGCUACAGCCGACACCGGCGGCGGCGUGUGGCAAGCCUCUGCCUCAUCGCCGCGGACGCGUGCGCGGCGCCGCAGCAGCGAGAGCAGCGCGGGCGGCGGCCGCGGGGCGGGCGGCGGCAUAUCGUCAACGCGCAGCAGCCUGGACCUUGGCGCACCGCCGCCGGCCAAGCCCUAUCGAAACAGUGGCGAAUUCGCGGCCGCCGGUCUUGCCGCUUCGCGCCUGGAGCCGGCGGCGCAGCUGCAGAUGGCGGUGGGUGUGCUGGCACGGAUGCUGGGGGCCGGCGACGCCGCCGCCGCCGCAGCGGCGGGCGCCGCCGCCGCCGCGGUUGCGGCGGUCACUGCUGAGACCGCAUCCGGCGCUGCUGCAACCCAAAGGAAGCGCUCAGGCACUGGAUAUGACAGCAGCAGCGCAGCACGUGCGCUGCUGCUGUCGCCGGCGGCUUCCGUACACGCUGCUGCUACUGCCCCUGCUGCUACUGCCCCUGCUGCUGCUGCCGCUGCUGCUACUGCCCCGGUGGAGGCGACUGCCGUGGAUCCUGUGAUGCCGCCGCCAACGCAGCAGCUGGACGCGAUGAACGGCUCACCGCUGCUGGCGGCGCUGCUGAGUCAGCAGGGCAGCCGCCAGCUGCUGCUGUCCAUAGCCGACGCGGUGGUGAGGCGUGAGGGCGCCGCGGGCGUGCCGGCCGUUGCGGAGGCGCUUGCGGGCGCCGCCGCAGCCGCCGCAGCGGCAACGGCGGCUGCGCGGCAGGCGGCGGCUGCGGAGGCGGAGGCGGCGGUGCGGGUGCUGCUGACGUCAGUGGCUGGUGGGGUUGAGCAGGUGGAGCACACGGUGGUUGGCCUGGAGGAAUCCGUACGCGCCGCCAACCGCCGCCUGGCGACACUGGAGCGCGACGCGGCGGCGGCGCAGGGCCAAGGCAUCCUGGCGGCGGGCCUGGCGGAGGCGCUGACGCGCGCCGGCAGCAACGUCGACGGCGGCGGCGGCGGCGGUGCUUGUGAUGGCGGCGGCGGCAGCGGCGGCGGCGGCGCUACUGACGGCGAUGGCGGCGGUGACGCCGCCGUCAGCGGCAGUGACGACGACGAUGACGCCACCGGGCUUGUGAAGCAGCUUCGCGCCUGCGUCGCCAGCCUUGGAGCCGGCGGAGGCGCCGCUGCCGGAGGCGCCGUCGGCGGCGGCGGUUGGGCAUCGGACCUCGAAAGUGCAACCGACGCCAGCUGGCUUGCGGCGGAGGGUGCGUGGCCACUGCCGCCGCCGCCGCUUGCGCACGGCGGCGGCGGCGGCGGCGGCGGCGGCGGCGGAGGCGGCGGAGGCGGCGGAGGCGCCGCUGGCGGCAGCUCGCGGAGGUCACUCAACGUGUCGGGCUGGGUGGCGGGAUCAAAUGGCAGCGCCGGCGGCGGCAACACGCGCGGCAGCGGCAGGGGCAGCGGCAGGGGCAGCGGCAGGGGCAGCGGCACCGGCCUUCCUUUCGUGGGGUCAGCGACGGGGCUGUUGGAUGAAUCGACUGGCGGGCGCGACGGCGGCGGUGCCCAGAACAAUCGUCGCUCAAUUGAGAUGCUGGCGGCGGCGAUUUUCAGCAACCAGCACGGCACGCCGCCAACGAUCAGGACUGGUGGCGGGGGCGCCGGGUCGCUGGCACGCACCGCCAGCGUUGGCGACGGAAGCACGUCACCCCGGGCGUCCGCGGCGCUGACGCCAAUGCGGCGGCGGAUGUCUCGGAUGGCGACCAGUGCCCCCACGUCCGCGGCGACACCGCUGCCUGCAGGUUUCGAGAGCAGUGGCGGCGGCGGCGGCGCCGCCGCCAGUCGUGCCGCCAGCCGCGCCGUCAGCCGUGUGCCGAGCCGCAUCAGCCGUGCCUCCCGCCGUACCACCAUGCACAGCAGUCACGGCGAAGACGGUGACGGUGAUGGGGACGAGCUGCUGCUUAGUAAUCAGGACGCCGGGCCGUUCCGCCGCCGCUCCACGGAAAGCGCGGCGGCGCUGUCGCACGCGCUGUCCGGCGUUGUGGAGGCGCUACCCCUUAGCCACAACCGCAGCCGUACUUCCAGCCUGUACGGCGACCCCGCCGUGCCGUACGGUGCCAUGCCGUACGGUGUCGUGCCGUACGGUGCCGCCAGCACCUCCCGGCGCCGGUCUCUGGAUGCGUCCGGCUUUGUGGAGCACUUCUUCCAACCUCAGCAGCACCCACAGCAGUGGCCCUACAUCAGCAGUGCCGGCGGUCACGUCGACGGCGCCGCGGGUGGCGAGCACCUGUCCGCCGACGGCGGCGAACUAGGGGCGCUGCUCCAGGCGGCCAUCGGCGGCAGCAUUGGCGGAGAGGCGCCGGCUGGCGCCGACGGCGGCCCCAAGCACGGGACAGCGACAUCCCGCGAGCGCCGCCGCUCGCGUGCCGUCAUCGGCGACGGCGCCGCGGGCGCCGCUGCUGGUGGCAACGGCGGCGACGGCGCAGCGGUGGCGGUGCUGCCUGGCGCAGAUCCCUUCUCUCCCGUGGGCCCGCGCUCCCGCCGAGCCUCGCUGCUGCUGAUGCAGGCGGCGAUGCAGACGGACGGCGCUGGUGGCGUUACCAUCGCGCCGGGCUCCCCUGCUGCCGCCGGCGCCGCCGGGUUGGGUGUGUUGCCGCGACGCGCGCCGGUCAUCGCCGUGUUGGAUGACUCAGUCGUGGCGGGCGCCGGCAGUGGUGGCGGCGGCGCCGGAGCACGCGGCGGCGUCGCGCCAUCGGAGCGGCCCGGCGCCCGCCGCGCCGCCGGGGCCGGCGGCGCCGCCUCCGGCUACAGCCGCAGUCGCACCGCAGCCACUGAAGGGGUACUGGGGGCGCCGCCAGGGGCCAUGGCGCUCAGCCCAUCGGCGUCGAGUGCGACAGCCAGCAGCGGCGGCGGCUUCAGUGGCUCGCAGUACCGCCGCGCCAGCACCUCCUUGCUACUGCCAUCCGGCGGAGGCGCUGGCAGCAUUGGCAACAUCAGCAACCUCAGUGCGCUUGCCGCCGCGAUCAUGGGCCCUGGUAGUGGCCGCGGCGGCAGCGGCAGCGGCGGCAACCGCACGGCCCCCGCCGCCGGCGCCGACAACGGCGCACCCGGCUCGCCACCUCGGCAGAGCCAAGCCGCCAGCCGCUUAGGCUCGGUGCUACUGCCGCCAGAGGUGUCGUACUACGGCACUGCAGCUGGCAGUAGCAAGGCCGCCAGCCGCCGCAGUAGCCGCGCGUCUGGUGGGGGCGGGCCGGUUGAUGCGGUGGCGAGUGGCGCUGCAACGUCACGUGAAGAGGAUGACGAUGAGGGAGCGGGGGAGCGGGACGAGGGACCGCAGACAGGUGGUGAGGUGGGACAGGAGGCGGCGGUGGUGUAGCAUCAGUUGCUGCUGCGGCGACGGCUGCUCUGACGGCAGCUACAGCUGCAUCUACGGUCACGGGUGGCAGCGAUGAGGCCGUGGGACCACCGCCCCCCGACGGUGCAAGUGAGGCUGGCGCGGCUUGCGGUGGCCUGUUUUCCAGUCUGUUUCGGCGUUCCAAAAGCAGUGGGGGGCGGGUUGUGAGGUAUACGGCAGCACAUGCCGUUUCUCAGCGGUCGCAACUGAAAGUUCAACGUCGCAGCUUUGGGUUCCCCCGGGGGCGCCGUGGCUUCUUUCAUGGUGGGUAUUCAUGCAUUCUUGAAGGCAAUCGCAAGGUCCCAAGUGCUUGAAUUUAAGAACACGAGUGGCAAUGGACCGCAUCGGUCAAACGGACUGGACUGGGGUAACGUUGUCCAGGCUUUUGGGUCCUCCUGCGCACAAACGCAGCAAGGGAACGGGAGAUUCGGACGCGUGGGUCUGGGACGGUGCCGGCGGGGUGCCUGCAGGCAUGCAGGCUGCGACAGCGGUAUUGCAAGCGUUUGUUGCGAGUACAUGUGUAGUGAUGUGUAGUGAGCACGCACUGGUACGCAUGGAUGGAUUGCAACUGGGUCAUGCGGCUGUCCUUGCUUCGAUAUCGUCAUCCUUACCAGUCGAAGAUUGAUUGAUGUUUUAUGGGUUGCCUGGGGGUUUACUGAGCAUAGGUGUCUUGCUGGAUAUACAUGCCCACUUACUUAUCGCCUGCUAUUGAGUUUCUCGAUUGGCCGGUGACAAAGCAAAGUAAAUGCGGCCGGUUGACAUCUCGCAACGUACCGUGCACUAUCACUGCUUUCCCGGUGCGAACAUGCCGACAAACCGAGUGAAGAGUGCCAAGGUCCCGCGUGCCUUGGCGAGGCCUGGCUUGCCAGCUUCUGAGUCAAGUCUAAAGUGAUUGGUUGUUUUCACCAUUUCCAUUAAUGGAAGACCGGAACUAUGGCAGCACAGCAGCAAUUGCGCACCAUCUACACCUGGGGGGGGGGGGGGCACAUGUAUCAGGGCUGCACAGUGCACACCCGGCGUGCAUCACCGGCAGAAUCAAUGCAUCUCGACGUGACUGAUGCAAUCGGGGUGUAUGACUGUGUGCACGCAAUGCGCGUAUGGGUUUGGAGCAUACAGCGAGUGCGUGCUGAUGUGCUUGAGAGCACGAGGAAUAAGGGCACGAACGGCAGUAUUUGCGUGCGUGUGCGUGGAGGGUAACUGGCGCAUGUGUCUCUGGCAAAGAGUUGUAUGACAUGCGAGAUUGAGAUAGGGAGAUGCUGAGAUGUCUUUGUGGAGAGAGGCGAUUUGCUUUGAGGUGGGCCACGUUUAGUGUGGUAGGAUGGUCGUGGGCAAGCGGAGCAUAUCGUAUGGUGGUGAUUGAGUUUUCAAGUCUUUCUGUCAUCCUUUCCUGCUUCGCCUGUGGGACGUGUCAGGGCACGGUGGUGGUGCCGAGGAAGCGUGGAGAAGCGUGGAAUACAGAAAAGUUGGAGGGGCGGGCAGGGGCGAGGCAGUGCGCGUGCUACGCGUGACAGCAUGACUGAUUUGUGCGGUCAUGGGCAGUUGUUUUAAUGCUUUGGUGCGGCGGCUCCAAGUCCUCCAACACUUUACAAUUCACC